CAGAUAUUGAUAAGCGCACAUGCUUUUGCAUUUGAGAGAGAUCUUUACCAGAAGAAAAGCUACAGCAUUCUUACAACAAGGAUUAAGGCCUACCGACAGUGAAAAUGAUGUUUCAAAGAAAACAACCUCUUCUGCUACUUUGCUUAUUCUGUUAAUUCUGAACAUUGUUUUGCACAUUGGAAGGUCUCCUGCAAAAGUUAUGCUUCCUUGAUUUUCUUGGUGAAAUUCUGCCAUUUGUAUGGAUUCUUCAGCAAAAAAAUGUUAAUUCCACAUUUAUUUGGCCUUUUCAUCUAUGAUGAUCCUCCCCAUGAUCCAUGGUGUGAAAGAAAAUAUCUGGGACCAUCACCAGUUGCUCCAGUCUCCUUCCUCUUGCACUCUGCUGAACUCCUCUAAAUUGGUGCCAUGUUCUGUGGUGGAUCUUUAUGGUAUACAAUGUGUCAUGAAGAGUUCAUGACUUCAGUAAGUUGCCAGACUUCUCUCUCUGUCAAAGAGAAGUGCAAAGGCCUAAGGAGGAUACAACAGGAUUGACCAACUGAAAACAGCAACCUGAGCUUAUUCACAAAGAAUAUGUCAGAACGUCACAAUGGUCCCAUCUAGCAACAGUACAGUCUCCUCCUUGGUUUCAAAUGUGAGCUCCUCCUGGAUUCAAGACUCCCAAAGAAUAGGGCUUCCCAGUGAUGCAUCAUCAUUCACUAGCAGCCAUGGUCCCUCCCAAACAAACGAGAGCUUCUCCUUCACCACUGUGGAUAUGACCAAUGGAUCACAAAUUCCUCCUGAUCCUCUGGGUGGACACACUGUCUGGCAAGUUGUCUUGAUUGCUCUCCUCACUGGCAUAAUUGCCCUGGUGACCAUCAUAGGAAACAUCCUAGUGAUUGUGGCAUUUAAAGUCAAUAAACAGCUGAAAACUGUUAACAAUUAUUUCUUGCUAAGUCUUGCUUGUGCAGAUUUGAUAAUUGGCAUUAUUUCCAUGAACCUUUUCACCACAUAUAUAAUCAUGGACCGCUGGGCUUUGGGAAACUUGGCCUGUGACUUGUGGCUCUCCAUUGACUAUGUAGCUAGCAAUGCCUCAGUCAUGAAUCUGCUGGUCAUAAGUUUUGACAGAUACUUUUCCAUCACUAGGCCACUUACCUACAGAGCAAAACGAACAACCAGAAGGGCUAGGGUGAUGAUUGGCUUAGCUUGGGUCAUCUCAUUUAUCCUUUGGGCCCCUGCUAUUCUGUUCUGGCAGUAUUUUGUUGGGGAAAGAACUGUUGGUGUAAACGAAUGUCACAUCCAGUUCCUAACCGAACCUGUAAUCACUUUUGGCACUGCCAUAGCUGCCUUUUAUUUGCCAGUCACCAUUAUGAGUAUUUUGUACUGGAGAAUAUACAAGGAGACAGAGAAGCGUACCAGAGAAUUAGCAGGACUCCAGGCCUCUGGCAGUGAUGCUGAGGCAGCACACUUUGUCAAUCAAACAGGCAGCUCUAGAAGCUGCAGCAGCUAUGAGCUGCAACAGCAGAACACAAAACGCUCCAACAGAAGAAAAUACAGAGGCUGUCACUUCUGGAUGACAUCAAAGAGCUGGAAACCAAGCCCAGAUCAGGUUGAUCAGGAGCACAGCAGCAGUGACAGUUGGAACAACAAUGAUGGCAAUGUGUCUCUUGAGAACUCUGCCUCGUCUGAUGAAGAUGACAUUGCCUCUGAGACCAGGGCCAUCUAUUCCAUUGUACUGAAGCUUCCAGGGCAUAGCACUAUUCUAAACUCUACAAAACUACCCUCAUCAGAAGACCUGCACGGGUCAGAAGAUGAACUGCAGAAGUUGGACACAGAGUCCAAGGACAGGAAGCCUAAAAACCUGCAUCCACAAAAGAGUAUGGAAGAUGGAAACUUACAGAAGAGCUUUCCUAAGCUUCCAGUUCAACCAGGAUCAGCAAUACAUAUGGGAAAGGCUUCUGAUGACAUUUCAACAGGAUCUAAAGCAACUGCUGCCUUGCCUUUGUCAUUCAAGGAAGCCACCCUGGCCAAGAAGUUUGCCUCAAAGACAAGAAGUCAGAUCACCAAGAGAAAACGAAUGUCACUCAUCAAAGAAAAGAAAGCUGCACAGACACUCAGUGCCAUUUUGUUUGCCUUCAUUAUCACCUGGACCCCAUACAACAUCAUGGUCUUGGUAAAUGCCUUUUGUAAUAAAUGUAUACCCAAAACAUUUUGGAACCUGGGGUACUGGCUUUGCUACAUCAAUAGCACAGUGAACCCUAUGUGCUAUGCAUUAUGUAAUAAAACAUUCAGAACGACUUUCAAGAUGUUACUGCUGUGUCAGUGUGACAAACGUAAACGGCGUAAACAACAGUACCAGCAGAGGCAGUCUGUCAUUUUUCAUAAGAGGAUUCCCCAGGAAGCUUCAUAGAAUAGUAUUUUUUAACAAUGGAAAUAAAUAUUAAAGGGAUUGCAGGAAUGGAAGGGAGGGUGGUUGCCAGAGCCAACUACAAAUAUUUCAUCUUCAAUAUGAGAAAGGAGUCGCCUGGUGUAUGUAUCUAUCUUUUUAAUACUUCCUGUUUAAUGAAACUAUUUAAGCCGUAUUAAGCAAAAACAAACUACUUGCAAAGGUUUUUACUAAGGAACAAUCAGACCUCUGAAGGUUUCCCUAUAAAAGUCCAAGAAGUUGCAGUGCAAUUAUGAAAGCAGUUAGUGAUCUAGCCUACUCUCCAAAUAUAAAUCCAUUCUGGGAUCUCAGGUUAGCAUAUGUAGCUAGCUGAAGUCACAAAUUGGAUGGAUCAAUCAAAACAAAAUGUGUGUGUGCAUUCUAAACAAUAUAUAGGUUGCCCCAAGAUUCCCAUCCUUGCCUCUUUUGGAUGUAAUGUCAAUUAUUGUGGCUCAAGUUAUUAAGGAACCUGUGCAAGAACAUUCCAGGCACUCAGAACCUGCCGUCUGUUUACCAGGAAAUAACAUGCCUGUCAUUCUAGGCACAACCUAACAUGAUUGUCGAAUGUAAGUAACACAAGGGGCCUUGAAAAUCAUUUUUCAGCUUGUGUUUAUUUUUUAUUCAUUUUGGAAUUUUGGCUUCUCCUUGAAGCGGCAAACCCCACAUAAUAAAUAUGUACAAUAAUGUAGAACAUCAGAAGGGCCCUGUUUUAUGAUUGACACAGUUUUACCUAUUGUGCCCCAUCCUGGAAUUGCUUUGUGAUGAAGGGCAGGUUAGAAAUAUUUUUAAAUAAAUAAGGGCACGAACUAUAUCCACGCAUUUCUACAAUGGAAUUUUCAUGUAUAUUUUUCAUAUAGAGAGAUGUAUUUUGAAGAGCUCACAAUCUAUUAACUGGAGAGGUGAAGCAAUAUGCAGGUGAUAGGAUCCUUAUUAAUAUUUAAUUUAACAGAGAAUAUGGAAUACUGGGAACUACAGUCUUCACAGGCUGUACUUCUGCAUCAAAUGUGAAUGUCAGAUGGACCUUCAGCCUGGUUCUCAGACUUGGAUUGUGCUAGUACACCCAGUGUAGCUCUGGGAGCGUCCAGGCUGUUUAGAAGUUCAACAUGGCUUCUUUGCAGAUUAGGGAGUCCCACCCAUUCUGCUGCUUUGGUGGUGGAAAAGAGGGGCCAAGGGGGAGGUUUGUGGGUAGCACCAAGCAGAAGACAUGUGUUUAUUCUGAGGUAUUUGUUCAAGGGUCUAGAGAAGACAAAAAGUCUAUGUAAUAAAGAUAUCACUUCUCUCCAGCUGGCUAUGUCAGGCAGGCUCCUAGUCAGGCUGCACCAGGAGACCUCAGAACCAGUGUCUGUCUCUGUUUUCUGCACAUUUAUAAAGUGUUUUUAGAAAUGGGGAAAAAUAAUUAUGUAUUUAAAGAAACAGACUUGGCACUUUCCAAAAUGCUUGUCAAUUUUGAAAGUUUCUGUUGUUAUUAUUGUUGUUGUUAUUGUUGUUACAACCAGUAGUGGAAACUUCACGUUUGUGCAGUACAAUGUCCCAAAUUAAUGUAAGUAGUCUGCUAUUUUAAAUAGCUAAGCACCUUCUGAGAAAGGCAAAAAAGGGCUUUAAUAUAUAGAGAUGAGAUGUGAGCAGUGAUGAUUCCUGGUAUUUAUAACAUGGUCAGUACCAGAGAUCUUGGACGCAACCCACAGUGCUCUGAUGCAACUCCCAUUCACUCAGUGAUGCUUGCACAGGAGAUGUUCCAAGUGGCUUGUGCCUGUGCUGUUCUUUGUAAAAGUCAAGACUUCCCUGAGGAAAGGACUAUAAUUUAAUGCAUAGUUUAAGAUCAGAUUUAUUUACAUUUUGAAAGGUAAUUUUGUAUAUGAUGCUUUUUGUGGAGGUUCCCCCCUUUCCCCCCCCUUUUUGACCUGAUACUCAGAUUUAACAAGAUUAAAAAUACACCUUCCUUUAUGAAAAGGGGAAUCAGUGUUGUGAACACAGAACUGGUAUAAAAGCUGCUUUUGUAUUCAGUGUGAGAUGGUGUUUACAGACGAUUUUGACAACAGUGGAAGUAUAUUAAAUAGUGUCUGUGUAUU